AUGGCGGGCCUGGAGGUGCUGUUCGCUUCGGCGGCGCCAGCUAUCACCUGCGCGCAGGACGCGCUCAUCUGCUUCCUGCACUGGGAAGUGGUGACGCACGGCUACCGCGCCCUCGGUGCCGGCGACCAGCCAGGUCCCAAUGAUAAGAAAUCAGAACUGCUGCCGGCUGGGUGGAACAGCAACAAAGACCUGUAUGUCCUCCGGUAUGAGUCUAAGGAUGAAUCAAGAAAGCUCCUGGUGAAGGCUGUCACUGUGGAGAACAGCAUGAUCGUUAAUGUGCUGGAAUGUGGUUCACAGCAAGUGGCAGACUUGACUUUGAACUUGGAGGAUUAUAUCAAUGCAGAACACUUGGGUGACUUCCACAGGACCUACAAGAACAGUGAAGAGCUUCGAUCUCGUAUUGUGUCUGGAAUCAUCACACCUAUCCAUGACUACUGGGACAAGGACGUUGUGAACAGUCCUCACCGGGAGUUCCCCCCUGCCACUGCCAGAGAGGUGGACCCACUCCGGAGUACCCCACACCAACCACACACCAGCCGACCGGCUCCCUGGCUUGAUCCCCUGGGCCCAUUUUCUGUUGGAGGAGAAGACCUGGACCCCUUUGGGCGUCGGAGAGGUGGCAUGAUUGUGGACCCCCUGAGAUCCGGCUUCCCCAGAGCACUUAUUGACCCAUCCUCAGGCCUUCCAAACCGGCUUCCUCCAGGUGCUGUGCCCCCAGGAGCACGCUUUGACCCUUUUGGACCCAUUGGAACCAGCCCGCCUGGACCUAAUCCAGACCAUCUCCCCCCACCGGGCUACGAUGACAUGUACCUGUGA